AUGGCAGCCGCCCUGCGGCUGCGGCCGGCCCUGGCCCUGGCGCAGCAGCAGCGCUACUGCGGCGGCCGCGGCGGGAACCCCAUGCCGGGCGGCGGCGGCGGCGGCGGCAGGCCCCCCAUCGGCGGCGGCGGCGGCGGCCGCCCCAUUGGCGGCGGCGGCAGCCCUGCCAUUGGCGGCGGCGGCGGCGGCCGCCCCAUUGGCGGCGGCGGCAGGCCUGGCGGCGGCAUGGGGGGCCGCACCAUGCCGGGCGGCAUCAUGCCCAUGCCCAUGCCCAUAGGGGGCGGCGGCGGCAUGCCUGAGGGUGCGGGGGGCGGCGCCCUGGACUUGAAGUGCAGCUGCAGCGAGAAG